AUGGCGCAACAGAACUACCUUCGUCUGGGCGAUACUGCCCCUGAUUUCGAGGCUGAUUCCACUCAGGGUCGCAUCAGCUUCCACAAGUGGAAGGAGGGCAAGUGGGCCAUCCUCUUCUCGCACCCUGGUGAUUACACGCCCGUGUGCACCACCGAGCUGGGCAUGACCGCCAAGCUGCAGCCCGAGUUUGCCAAGAGGAACACGCUCGUCAUCGGCCUCAGCGUGGACAACGUCGAUGACCACCACGGGUGGGUCAAGGACAUUGAGACGACGCAGAACUGUACGGUGAACUACCCCAUCGUGGCCGACCCGGACAGGACGGUGGCCGAGACCUACGGCAUGAUCCACCCCAACUCGCCCCACACCAUGGCCGGCAAGCUCACCGUCCGCACCGUCUGGAUCAUCGACCCCAACAACAAGGUCCGCCUCAACCUCACCUACCCCGCUGCCACCGGCCGUAACUUCAACGAGGUGAUGCGCGUGCUCGAUGCGCUGCAGCUGACGGACAACUACAAGGUGGCCACCCCCGUCAACUGGGAGCAGGGCCAGGACUGCGUGGUGCUUCCCACCAUCUCCACCGAGGACGCCAAGAGCCUCUUCCCCAAGGGCGUCACCGAGGUCACCCCCUACCUCAGGCUCACCCCGCAGCCCAACCUUCCCUGA